GCAGAGAGAGCAAAGUUUUAAGGUCAUAGGCUGCAUCUUGGUAUCUUUAGAGUGGUUUAGGUUGUCCUGUUAGUCUUCGAAUUCAACAUAAGGUCACUUCUUUGGAUUUUUCAGUUGAACCAGGCAAAUGAAUCAGCUAUGGUACAUUGUGGUUUCUACAGCAAGAACGGAGGAUUUAAGGUUUCUGAUGAAGACAAAAAUUACAUGGAAGCUUGCAAAGUUGUGGUGUCCACUUGUGCAUUUGGUGGUGGAGAUGAUCUUUAUCAACCUAUCGGGAUGUCGGAGGCAUCACUUCAGAAGGUUUGCUAUGUCGCAUUUUGGGAUGAAAUCACUCUUGCUGCUCAGGAAGCCGAGGGUCGCAAAAUUGGCGAGAACCAUUUUAUCGGGAAGUGGCGCAUUGUAAUAGUUAGGGAUCUCCCUUUCAGAGACCAAAGACUAAAUGGCAAAAUUCCAAAGAUGCUGGGUCAUCGUCUCUUUCCUCAUGCAAGAUAUUCUAUUUGGGUGGACUCAAAGUCCCAAUUUAGGAGAGAUCCUUUGGGUGUGUUAGAAGCCCUUCUUUGGCGUUCAAAUUCGGUACUUGCCAUUUCAGAACAUGGAGCACGCAGUAGUGUCUACGAUGAGGCAAAGGCUGUUGUCAAGAAAAACAAGGCUACCCCAGAAGAAGUGGAGGUACAAUUGACCCAAUACCACCAGGAUGGCCUCCCAGAGGACAAGAGGUUUAAUGGAAAGAAAGCUUUAGCAGAGGCAUCUAUAAUUGUGAGGCAUCAUACACCAUUGACUAAUCUGUUCAUGUGCCUUUGGUUUAAUGAGGUGGUUCGCUUCACAUCCCGUGAUCAACUGAGUUUUCCAUAUGUUCUAUGGCGGUUGAAGGUGUUAAAGAACAUUAAUAUGUUCCCUGUCUGCACUCGCAAAGAUCUUGUUAAUAGCAUGGGCCAUAUACGCAAGGCUAAGCCUCUAACAAACUAAUUCUUGGUGCUUUUUUAUUUUUUUGAAUUAUUUUUCAUAUUUAUUAUUAAUUUCUCAAAUGAUUCUUGUGGUCUUGUUUGGUUUACACUUUCUAUGGUGUUUAUACAUGGAACGUCCUAGAAGCAACAGCAUUCGUGAUUCACUAGGACAAUAUAACGGGUCUACUGGAGGUAAUCUUUGUGAUGACAAUCUGUGUAGCUAACAAUCUUUGUUAUUCUUUUAUAUGUCCCUGCACAAUUUUG